AAAAAAUUGAGUUCAAAUCGAUUUAUAAACCAAAGAGACGUGGCAAGAGGUGAAGAUGGCUGUUUUAUUUCAAGGAAAAUAGUUUCCUGCUUUUAAGGAAAUGUGGGCGUGGUAUUUUCAAGUUUCUAAAUAUUUUUCAAUUUAAAAAAUUAUUAAUUUACAUGCACAUGCCAUGUCAUUUAAAAUGGACACCGGUUUUUAAAUUUUAUUUUUAAUAUUUUUAACUUAAUGAAUAUUUAUUUUCAACUUUUCACUUUUCACUUUUCUCUCAUCUUCUCCCAAAUCCAGCACAACCAACCAUCAUGGAUCAUGCUGCCCCGCCCAUGGCGGACUUGUGUAAUUCUCUUCCAAGAAGAAAAUUUGACACUUUGUUGAAACGUUAUAUCUUUGGGUCAUGAAACUUAUAAACAACCUCUUCCUCCAUUGUUCGAAAAUCCAAAUGCCCCAUUUUUCCCUCCAGAAUCCAAUUGCCCAUUUGGCUAUCUAUUUUGUGAAUCAAAAUAAAAUAUUAUUAAAAAAAAAUCAAAAUGGAUCCCUGAGAUUUCAUUUCAUAUUUUUGAUAAAAUAAAUCAAAAAGCUAUUCGGAGUUGAUCUCAGAAUUUGGUGGCUUUUUUUGUCAGAGAAUUUGGUGGCUUUAUUAAGAAUUAUUUGGGGAUCUGCCAAUUUGGUGGUGCGGCUAGCAGUUGGGCCGAAGGUGCGGAGGCGUGGCGGCAUGGCUCUGAGUCCGAUUAAUCCAGGGAGAGGGAUUGAUCAGAAUCAACAUUUGAAUCACGAGCAUCCCAUGAUGGAAGUGCAGAGGAAGAAUGAGUGUUGCUGCGAUGGGUGCGGUGACCCAGUGAUUGGGCCUAGCUACACUUGCAACAUUUGUAAAGAACAGAGUAUCUUUGGCUUCGAUCUCCAUAAAUCAUGUGCCGAGCUAACGGGUGAGAUCCACCACCCGAUCCACCGCAAGCACCCACUUACUCUUGACACAAGUGACAGGAAAAAGAGUUGCAGUGCAUGUCAUCAAGAUUGCAUCUCGAGGUUCAGUUACAGUUGUUUCCAAUGUGAGUUCAACAUUGACCUCCAAUGUGCUUCCAAUUGGAGCAAAAUUCUUGACUUUCAUGACCACAAAUUAACCCCUCUUAGGAAGCCAGGGCAAUUACAAUGUGAAGUCUGCGGCGAAGAUAGUACUAGUAUUUACAAUAGAUAUAGCGCCGCCUUUUACCUCUGCAGCAUCUGCCAGCUCCUGGUCCAUGGACGUUGUUCUAGGUUACCAAGCCACGUCAAAACGGCCCAGCACCAACACCGCCUAAAGCUCACCUGGUGGUUUGAAGAUACUUUCCCGAAAAUCCAAAAUUUCUGUGACCUCUGUUAUGAAAACAUGGACAAAAGCCGCGCAGUUUAUUAUUGUGAACGUGAAUAUUGCAGUUAUGUCGCCCACAAUUACUGCGCAACAAGACAUCCUGAGGCGGUUCAAGAUAGUGUUGAUGAUGAUGAUGAUGAUAGAAUAAUCAGCAACCAAAUCAAUCACUUCAGCCAUCCACAUGUCUUAGCCCUCAUCAAUAGUGAUCAUCAAGAUAAUGGUGAUGAUGAUGAUGAUGAUAGAAUAAUCACUUGUAAUGGCUGCAUGCGACCCAUCACCAAAAUUGAUGCCUUUUAUAGCUGUACAGAACAAGAGGAGUCGUGCCCUUUCUUUCUACAUACAGCUUGUGCAGAGUCACCUAAAAUGAUAAGUUUCCCAUUUUUAAAUGAGUUCCAGUUUGAACUCCAUCCAAGGGCUCAAUAUUGGAUUGGUGGGGUGUUCAAGUGUUUCAUGUGCGAUACGUUUUGCCAAGGCUUCGUAUACCUUUAUAAUAUUAUUUCAACUUUCGCCGUGGACCUUCAGUGCGCUAUUCUAUAUAAGCAGAAGGCUCUUAAACAUGAGGCUCAUGUUCACACCCUCCAGUUCAACAAAAAUUAUGAAAACACUUAUAAAUGUAGGGGUUGUGGCACUUCUAAAAAAAAUUAUUGGUUCAGUUGUAGGAGAUGCGACUUCCAUCUCUGUAUUUCAUGUGUUAAAUUACCUCCUACAGCGAGGCACAGGUACGACAAUCAUCCUCUCAAGCUCACCUAUGACAGUGUUAAAAACGAGUUAGAUGAAUAUUAUUGUGAAAUAUGCGAAGGCAAACGAGAUCCCAAACUCUGGUUCUACUCCUGCUCGGAUUGUGACUUUGAUUGUCAUCCUCAUUGUGUUCUCGGGAGGUAUCCUCAAGUCAAGUUAGGAGAUAGUUACAAGCAUCCGGCUCACCCACACCUUGUCACCCUUGUUGACAAGAGAAGGAGUGAAAUUCCUUCCGAUAAGAGAGAGCGGAUUCUUCCUUGUGACAAGUGUAGUAGACCUUGCGAAGGAUUGGUGUUUGAAUGUUCUGAGUGUAAUAUAAAUUUCCACCGAACUUAUGUGGAACCAUGGUUGAAAGGAAGAUGUUAUUCCUGAUAUCCGAAAUAAAUUGAUUCUCGUUUCAAAUUCAUUUCCACCGAAGGUGUUUUAAUUUUCUUGCAUGUCAAAUAUCUCAAACUUCCUACAAAAGUCUUGAAAAUACUUGGGUUCCGCUUUUUCAGCUCCAGCUUCAUAUUUGGACAACUUCACUCCACGUUCUAGAGUUGUGGGCAGAAAGGACGAAAUUCUAACUUGUAGAUGUGAUCGUCAAGUAAGAAGUAACUAUGUUCCGUAUAAGAUCGGGGGCACAAUUGUGUUCAAUUGGCUUUGCAUAAGUUCAAACCCAAACUGAACAUAGGAUCCUGAUUACAAUCCGUGAAAG